AUGAAUUCGUUAAAAUACCUAUCGUCGCGAGUCGACAGGGUAUUCGGCCAAGAGCAGAACGAAGAUGUUGUAGAAAUCAGUUCUCGAUAUACGCCUCCCAUUGACUUUUCUAUCGAUGAAGAGGAGCCCUUACUAGAGAACGAGAAACAAGACAUAACUGUCAAAGCCUCGGCAACUAGUGGGCAUGGUAGCCUCAUUUCAUCAUAUUUAUUCCCUCCAUUGAUCAUUAAGAGCAUUUCAAAACUUAUUUCAUUUAUAUUCUUUCUGGCCAGUUUCCUCAAUCCAUUUGCAUAUUUCAAGAGGAAGCCAGUGCCAUCGACUGCGGUAUCUCAAGAGAAACUGGUUGCCGGUAGAGGUCUACAAAGUCCCUAUACGAAAGGGCAACACCAACAUUCGCAUUUAUCAUCAUCCCUAUCUCAAUCUACUCGCUAUUUAUCACCACCAAGGCCCCUUCUCAUGAAGCGACCGCCUCCAAAAACGUUAGUAUUGGAUUUGGAUGAGACCCUGAUCCAUUCGCUCUCGCAAGGCAGUAAUUUCAGCACUGGUCAAAUGGUCGAGGUUAAGUUAGACAAUCAGGUGGCAACACUUUAUUAUGUGCGAAAAAGACCAUACUGCGAUUAUUUUUUAAAGUGCGUAUCAGAGUGGUUUCAUUUAGUUGUCUUUACUGCCUCCGUUCCUGCCUACGCAGAUCCUAUGAUUGAUUGGUUGGAACAGGAGAGAAAGUAUUUUUCUCGAAGACUAUAUCGUAAUGAAUGUACUGCUACACCUUCAGGAUAUGUGAAGGAUCUGUCAAUAGUUGAAUCCGAUCUGUCCAAAGUCUUCAUUAUCGAUAACUCGCCCAUAUCAUACUCAAAACAGAAUGAGAAUGCCAUUGGUAUCGAGGGAUGGAUAUCCGAUUCAUCUGAUCAUAAUUUGUUGCAUUUAAUCCCGCUUCUUCAUGCAUUGCGCUAUUCUCUUGAUGUUCGUUCAGUUCUUUCACUAAAAAUGGGCGAGGCUUCUUUUGAAUAG